AUGAAGAAAGAUACGGUGACCCUUGGCAAAGUCGACUCUCAGAGCCAGAAUGAGCCCAUUUUCACCGGCGACGACUUGCGACUUGCUCAACUCGGACACGCCCAGGAAUUGAAUCGACAAUUCUCUUUGCUUACACUAGGUGCACUAUGUGUGUGUCUUAUGGCAACAUGGGAGGCUCUGUCGAGUGUUGUUGCGCCGGCUCUUGUCAGCGGCGGCGCCCCUUGUUUGUUUUAUAACUUGAUACUUUCAACAAUUUGCACGGUAUGCAUCGCAUCCUCGCUGGGAGAAAUUGCAUCCAUCUAUCCAACUGCAGGAGGUCAAUACCACUGGGUUGCGGCGCUGUGCCCGCCCUCGACUCGAUCGGCCGCGGCGUUUACAACCGGUUGGAUUUCUGUGGGGGGCCAGGUGGUUCUUACCUCUUCCGCCGCCUUCGCGGCCGGUCUCCAAGUGCAGUCUCUCAUCAUCUUGAACGACGACUCGUAUAUCCCGGCUAGGUGGCAGGGCAUGUUGUUCUAUUGGGCAAUUCUUGUGUAUGCAUUGGCCAUGAACAUUUGGGGACAUAGACUUCUACCCACGGCCAACCUUGUGUCCGGCUUUCUCCAUGGUGCUGGCUUUCUGGCCAUUCUUAUUGUUCUCGGUGUCAUGGCCCCGAAGAACACCGCGUCCUUCGUCUUCAAGGAGGUCACUAACUCUAGCGGUUGGGAGAGUGACGGAAUCUCUUGGCUCGUUGGGCUGAUUAGCGCCGUCUACCCGUUCUUGGGCUACGAUGCCGCAUGCCAUUUGGCCGAAGAGUUGCCCAACGCGAGUCGCGACGUUCCAAUUGCAAUGGUGGGAAGUGUCCUCGUCAACGGCGUAAUGGGCCUCAUCUACGGCACCGUGUUGCUCUUCUCCACCGGCCCGCUCGACGCCCUCCUCUCAACCCCGACCGGAUACCCCUUCAUGCAAAUCUUCCUCGACGUCACCAAGUCCCACGGCGGCGCGACAUUCAUGUCCUUGGUCAUCAUUAUGACUGCCAUCGCCGCCACGGUCGCCGGUAUUACAUCGACCUCACGCACGCUCUGGGCCUUUGCCCGUGACAGAGCCACCCCUUACGACCAGUACCUGAGCAAAGUCAACAAGCACUCCCAGAUUCCGAUCUACUCCGUGGUGCUCGUGACCGUCCUCCAGAUGCUCCUCGGCUUCAUCUACGUUGGCAACACGACAGCCUUCAACGCCAUUCUGUCCAUGGCCAUCAUCGGAAUGUACUCAAGUUACAUCGUCCCUAUCGCGUACAUGCUGUUCGGCCGCAAGAACAUCAAGCCCUCAGACUUUGGCCCCUUCAAGCUCGGCCCCACCGUGGGCCCUGUGUUGAACGUGAUCAGUUUGAUCUGGAUGGUCGUGGUCAUCAUCUUCAGCACGUUUCCCUCGGCUAUGCCAGUGACGCCGCAGAACAUGAACUAUUCGAUCGUUGUGAUGGCUGGUUGGCUAUUCUUUGGUAUCAUCUACUACAUCUCAUACGGCCGCAAGAAGUUCGAGGUGCCGGUGGUGGAUAGUAACGUGGUAACAGGCAUUUCUGUCCCUGCAGAUAUCAGCGUCUAA